CCUACCCUUAUCUCUAAUCCUCUCUCUCCUCCUUCGUAAUGGAGACGACGCCGGAGACUCAAUCCAAGUCCCAAUCCACCGGCUCUCACCGUCUCCCCCCGGGACGAGAAGACUGGUGGAGCGAGGACGCGACAGCAACCCUGAUCGAAGCCUGGGGAGACCGAUACGUCCACCUCAGCCGCGGAAACCUCCGUCAAAACGACUGGAAAGACGUCGCCGACGCCGUCAAUUCCCGUCACGGUAACGGCCGGCCAAAGACAGACGUCCAAUGUAAGAACCGGAUCGAUACUCUCAAGAAGAAGUACAAGACGGAGAAGGCGAAGCCUUCUCCGUCCUCCUGGUGCUUCUUCGAGAGACUCGAUUACCUAAUCGGCCCCGUCGCGUUGAAGAAAUCCACCGUUAAAUCGCCGUUAAAGAUCCAAACUUUGAAUCCGACCGGAUCUGUUUCAAGUGGAAGCUCUCUUGAUGAGGACGAUGAUGAGGAUGAUGAUGAUGAUGAUGAGGUGGGUGGUGGUUGGGGGUUUGAGGUGAGGAAGCGUCGGAGAGUUGAAGAUGUGGAUCGGUGGGAAGGUGAAGGAGGAGGAGGAGGAGGAGGAGGAGCGUCGUGUAGGGAGUUAGCGAGAGCGAUUUUGAAGUUGGGUGAGGUGUAUGAGAGGAUGGAGAGUGCGAAGCAGGGGAUGAUGAUUGAGUUGGAGAAGCAGAGGAUGGAAGUUGCUAAGGAGCUUGAGUUGCAACGGAUGAACAUGUUGAUGGAUAUGCAGAUGGAGCUUGAGAAGUCUAAGCUUAGGAAACGUAAAGCUGCUUCAGGUAAGAAGUUGUAGUAAUUAGAUUGUGGUGAAAGCAAGGAGCAAUGGUUGGAUCUGAGAGAGCUCAUAGAAAUUGGAGAUACUGUUAUUAUUCUUAAUCCUUAGAUUUCAAGUUAGAUCAAGAUUGGUGAAAGAAACUCUUGUAGUAUCUGACAUAUCAAUAUGUACUUUUGUGAAGUAUUAAUGUAUGAUGUUCCUGCAAGUUCCAAAGAGUGC